AUGCAGCCUGGCAGCAGGUUCGCAGCGUGGCUGAAGCUUGCCCACAAACGGCCACUCACCUCCCGUGCCUUCAUCAUGCCCUCGGGGUAUCCGUGUACUGCCUCGCGCAUCGCCGCGCGCCAGGAUCUGGGCUGCUCACCUGCCUAA